UUCAUACUUCCUGCUGCGGGACUGUCAUUGUCUGACGUCUUGCUGACGCUACAGCCUUCCCUGACUCACAUAUAACUCCCAUCGUCUCAGCCGUCCGAGACCAUACCCAUUCUCUUCAUAUCAUCAUGGCACGCAUCCAAUCGGGAGGACUGUACAAGUUCAUCAACGCCAAAGGCGGCACAGUGAUUGACCUCUCUGGGGGCGACAACCGCAGCAUCAUCGGAUACCCAGAGACCGGUGGUCCCAACCAGGCCUGGGUCUUUGAGCAGACCUCAGACGGUCCGUGGACCAUCCGCUCCGUCUCUAGCGGAAAGUUCCUCGGUGUCGAGGACAGCUACGGCGACGCUACGCCGGUCGUAGCAGUCGACUCACCGUUCCGGUGGGACAUCUGGCCGGACGAACAAAACCCUGGUCACUACAGGUUUUUCGUCCCCAACACUCCGUUUGUCCUGGAUCUGGCUGACCAUGGCAAUCCUACGCCUGGCACACCGGUCACGCUUUGGACUCAGUGGGAAGGAACUAACCAGUCCUGGAGCGUUGAGCCUGCCCAGUGAUCACAUUACUGGAGUCAGUAUGAGGAAGUGAAAUGACACUACUAUAACAAAGAAUACGAGUGUGUACGAGUUUUCAACGAGUCGCUAUACAAUAACUCAAGUUGUGUACCAAAAUUUGGCAUGAGAUGUUUCUGCACAGUGAAUGAAAUGUUAUCGUGUUCGGCCUAACCCC